AUGCCCUCCAGAGUUCGACCAUCCCAGAUCUCAGGCCUCCAAUCCAUGAGCCCAUGCAGCCCAUAUUGCUCAACGUCCCUUACUACCGCGCCCCCGCGUGUGGCUAUUUCCCCGGAAACGGAUCCUCAGGACACCGCCUGGUUGACAAUCAUCGAACAGUCCUCAUCAGAAACCAAGACAGCCCGAGCUUCUCACUGCUUCUGGCCCGUAUUACUCUGUACCUUCUCACCCAGCACCGGCACGCCUCUGCCUCAAAACCAUUUGUCCUACAGCCUAACAUCCACAGCGGGACGAGUACGGAUGCUGGGAGCCUGCCGCCUGCCGAGAAGCCCAAGCCAUCGACGUCACUGUGGUCCACGAGGUCUUUAA